ACGUUUUAGGUUUUGAACCUGAGCGACCGCGCGCAGGGCUAACGAAUUAGCUAAACAUUUUACGAUUUAUUGCCUAUUUGCCAACAGAAGUAAUCAAUUUUUACGAAAAUAUUGUUUUCUUUUUGUUCUUUCAGCUGUGCGAUUUGAUCCAAAGAUAGGAUGGAUCUCCAAAAAAUAAUCCACGACGCGCUGUACGACUUCAUUUUGUCAUAUAUUCCUCACGCGGAUCUGAGUACGCUAGAUGACGUGCUUUUGUCCUAUAUCACUGGGGUGCUAGAAGAUUUGGGAUCUCAAGAAAGUGAGGAGGAAAACUUUGAUGUCGAGGUGUUUGUUGAAAUGUUGGAGGCCUACAUUCCUGGUUUCUCAGAUAUUGACAGUGUCAAAGUUUGUGAGAUGAUGUUUAAUCUGGCAUCAAAGUUGGCCUCAGCCCGGGAAUCAGAAUCUGGAGAGAUAAAAUUAGAGGAAGGUAAAUUUCCUCUCUCAGAAAGUUCUGUUUUAACCCACGGAGUUUCAAGAGAGAAGACACACAACCUCACGUUACAAGCAGAGGGAGCAACAGCUCAGGUUAGUGAAUCUACGUGGGAUAACCAGGAGCAGCAUCUUCUCGAGAUGUUUCCCAAAUGCAGUGUGACUGAGGCCAGAAGUGCAUUGUCUAUUGCUAAAGGAGACAUAGAGGAGGCUGUUCGUCUCAUUAUUGAGGGAGAUGUCCAGCUUGCAUGCCCAACGUCUCUCCACGCUAACCAAGGGAAGACCAUUUCUGCUGAAGUUGAUCAGAAACUGAAAGCAAGCAUUUUAGAAAAGUACAUGCUGGUUGAUAGUGAAGAAGACAAGAAAGUACACAGACCAGUCACUCCAAAAGAUGCUCCUAAGAAACUGGUGCGCUAUCAUGGCAGUCAGGUGGUCACUACAAAGGGAGAGCGCUACCAUCUUGUCAAGAAAGAAGAACCAGAAGACAUGAAGAAGACUUAUGUUAGUCUCAAACCAGCACGCAAAUAUCGCUUUCAUUGAUGAAAGGCAUCUUGUUGAUGGACCAUUCAGAGUCAACCCCUCUUGUUUUUGAUAUUUGUGUCUGGUUAUCUGUGACUGGAAACAAAUGAUUUAUUUUUUGUUGGUCCAAAUGUGUGUCCACUUAGAUAUAUGGUGCUGGAGAUUUGGUUUCUUGGGAGUUUUAUGGGUUUUGAUGUUUGAAUUGGUUGCUGUUCUGUGAAAUCUCCCAGCAGGUCUCUUUUUUUCGAGCCCUUAUAAGUUACUGUAUUUAUUUUUUUAACUACUUUUUACUAAAACAUUAAGCUAUUCCUAAAAACAUGAAGGUGUUAACAUUUGACUGUUUUUUUAAAGCCAACCCCUAUUUUACACAUCAUUUCAAUGAAAGUCUUUGAAAUGUUCAGCUAUGUGGUUGUUUUGUUAUAAAAUCAGCCAAUUUAGCUCAUUUUCAGUGGCGGGAACAUCAGUCUUUGUAUUUUGCACUGUUUAAUUAAAACGCAGAAAUAAAAAGACUCCAUAUAUGUUCCUGAGACUAAAUAAUAGCAGGGUCUGUGUGACAUUUUGAUUUUUGGGUAACACUUUACAACAAGGUCCCAUUUGUUAAUAUUAGUUAAUGUAUUAACUAACAAUGAGCAAUACAUUUGUUACAGUAUUUAUUAAUCUUUGUUAAUGUUAGUUAAUAAAAAAAAUACUGUCGUUCAUUGUUCAUGUUAGUUCACAGUGCAUUAACUAAUGUUAACAAAUACAACUUUUGAUUUUAGGAUUGUAUUAGUAAAUGAUGAAAUGAACUAAGAUGAGUAAAUGCUGUAGAAGUAUUGUUCAUUCAUGUUAACUAAAGUAGUUAACCAAUGAAACCUUAUUGUAAAGUGUUAGUGAUUUUUGUUGCAGUUUACAAACGAGGUCUGCCUGUUAAUUCGGGAUUCAAAUGAAGGUGAAUCUUCCCAUACACUGGACAAGCUUUGGAUAGACCGAACCUUCACCUGCAUAUUUACUAGUUAGUUUCUCUGUCUUGUGUAGUUCGCUGGCUUUGCAUAGUUUUAGUAAUGGAUGUGCUUUUUGUUUACUAUAAACAAUUGUAUUGUCAUAUCCAUAUUAUCACACCAGUAUUUUUCAAGAUUGUUUGUUUGUGCUUGAUGUUCUCUGUUUACAUGUUGUCUUUGCCAUAGAACCACAGUGUCAACACUACCAUUCAACCUUACCAUGGCCCUGAAACUUAAGUGCAGUGACUAGAUUCAAAUAUAUUAACAGUAUUUUUCAAGGACUGAUUAUGUUUUUGAGAGUAACUAGUAAAGAAUUAAUGUUUUAUGAA